AUGGCAGCCUUAAGCUGCCAGUUUCAUUCCACCAACUACUUGAAUUCUCAGAAGCUUAAAAGCAGAAGCAAGAAUUUCAUAAUUUCAUGCUCAUCACAGCCUUUACAAAGCAAUAUAAAGGUUGUGAUAAAUGGAGCAGCCAAGGAAAUAGGGAGAGCUGCUGUAUUAGCUGUGACAAAAGCUAGGGGAAUGGAAGUUGCUGGAGCCAUUGAUACUCACUAUGUUGGAGAAGAUAUUGGACAGGUUUGUGGCAUGGAAGAACCCCUUGAAAUACCUAUACUAAAUGACCUUACUAUGGUUUUGGGCUCUAUAUCUCAGUCCAAGGCCUCCGCAGUUGUAGUCGAUUUCACUGACCCUUCCACAGUCUAUGACAAUGUAAAACAGGCAACAGCAUUUGGCAUGAAAAGUGUCGUUUACGUACCGCGACUCAAAUCCGACACGGUUGCAGCAUUAUCUGCAUUUUGUGAGAAAGCCAGCAUGGGUGUUUUGGUUGCUCCAACUCUUUCAAUAGGAUCAAUAUUAUUACAGCAGGCUGCAAUUUCAGCUUCUUUCCAUUACCGCAACGUCGAAAUCGUGGAAUCCAAGGCUAAUGCAAAUGAUCUUCCAUCAGCAGAUGCAAACCAAAUUGCGAACAAUCUCUCAAACCUCGGUCAAAUCUAUAACCGAGAAGAUUCCUCAACAGAUGUUUUGGCAAGGGGUCAAGUUUUGGGAGAUGGUAUUCGUGUGCAUAGCUUGGUCCUACCAGGGCUUCCCUCUAGUACAGCAGUUCACUUUUCUGGCCUAGGAGAGAUUUACACCAUCAAGCAUGAUAUUACAGAUGUACAAUGUCUCAUGCCAGGCUUGCUGUUAGCUAUUAGAAAAGUAGUGAGACUCAAGAACUUGGUAUAUGGCUUGGAGAAGUUUUUGUGA